UUGCGAAGCGGCACAAGCCGAAGUGGGUCGUCAUGCCGCGCAUUACGCUGGAGCUGCUUCGGAAGCGAUCGGAGCACAAUGAAGGGAUUGUGUCCACCCUGGAAGAGAUAUCUUUGCACCAAGAAGAGAUUGAGAAGAUCGAAGUGAUUGGGACGCUGUGCCGCAAACUGCGCAUCUUGUACUUGCAAAACAAUAUCAUCGAAAAGAUCGAAGACUUGACGCACAUGAAGGACCUGCGGUACUUGAACCUGGCGCUGAACAACAUCAAGAAGAUCGAAGGCCUCGGGUCGUGCGAAUUCCUUGAAAAACUCGACCUGACCGUCAACUUUAUCGACGUCGACGAGCUCGAAGAGUCGAUCAACCACUUGAAGCCCCGGGUGCAUCUCAAGGAGCUCUUCAUGCUCGGGAAUCCAGCGCAGGCGGACUGGGACAACUUUAGUCAUUACGUGAUUGCGUCGCUGCCGCAGCUUCAGCAACUGGAUGGGAAAGACAUCACAAAGAGCGAUCGGAUCAAAGCGCUGCAAAAGCUUCCCGUUUUCAACCGAGAGCUAGCUGCCCUCAUCGCGGCCAAGCGCCACCGAGACGCCGUCGACGUCAUUCCUGUCGUCUCUGGUAAAGCCACGGACAUCUCCCACGACGAUGGCGCGACGCGCGACACGAACCAGGACGAAAAACUCCCGUACACACCACAAACCCGACGCCACAUGUACAUGGAGUUGGCCGAGCAAAAAGAGGAAGAAGAAGCGCGGAAGAGAUCCAACUUGCCAAGAGAUCGAGACUACGAACGGGAGCACCACGACGCGUUGGCAACGGCGAGACAUGUCGAAGCGGAAGGUGCGAUUCGUCAAUGCAACGAAGGCAAGUGGGAAUUUCGCAUGGACGACGAAACCAAGCCGGGGUUUGUUUUGGUCGAAGUCGGUGUCCCCAAGUUUCUCGACUCGUCGCUCAUUCACGUCGACAUGCACCCAACGUACGUGACGAUCGUCAUCAAGAACAAGGUGCUUCGUCUGCGGUUUCCAGAAGAGGUCAAGUGCGACCAAGGCACCGCGCUGCGGUCGAAAACGACGGGGGCUCUCCAGCUCACGGUGGAAAAGGUCGACCCGUCCAGCGUCCAACGUGCUCAGCGCGCACGUGCCCGCCGCCAAGACGACGCUGACGUCAAGACCAACCAGGCGACGCACGACGCGCGACCACGCACCAUUCAAGACCAGGUCGCCGUCGAUUCAACGUGUCUUUCCAAUGCUCAACGUUGUGGUGUAGCUGCUCAAAUCCGCCGCGGUGUCGGUACGAGGGCUUGUGGCGCGGCCCACCGAUGCCGCUGACCUCGCAGACAAGCGCAUCAACGUCGUCUCGACCAAAGCGCUGCGGCGGGAUGGUCCGAUCAACAACGACGAUGAUGACGACGACAACGAACCGCCCAUGCUGUUUUGAGACAAAGGUGUCGGAUCGCCGAAUCACACGCUGUCCCUUGGUAGGUUUGCGUCCCACUAAAAAUACCAUUCGAAACAGGCAUGCUGGGACAGGGGGUGUUGACAAAGGGGGGGCGGCGCGCGCGCGCAACUCGAGAGUAGAGUCGGUCCACAACAUCGCGAAAUCUCGACUUGGGCAGUAUGUGCGGUCUCCACUCACGCCGCCCACUCGAUGUGGCUCGUUGCUUCAUGGCCGCUUCUUCUCGACGCAUGAUAGAGUGUGGGUUGGGUAUGACCUGAAUGGCGUCGUUCGAGAUGACGAUGUUGGAACGAAUUGAGUCGGCAUGCCGUGCACGGCGGGGAAAGAAACGGUGGUCCUCGGGCGGUCAAUUAGGCCCGCAUGUCGUCUCCACGUUGGAGUCCAGCAAACUUUGUCGUUUGUUGCCGACCCCACUCGUUUGAGUUGGUUCCGUCCGACGUCCC